AUGGAUGAUCUUAUGAACCUUGAGCUUCUCUCGCUGGUCUCCAAGGUCACUUCGGAACUGCAGAACCAUGUGGGCAUCAGCGACAAGACCCUCGCUGAGUUCCUCAUCUCCCAGCGCAUCGAGAGCGACACACCCGAUGUCUUCCGCAAGAAGCUCGACGGCCUGGGCGCCGAUUUCCCGCCCAGUCUAAUCGACAGUAUAGACCGACUUGUCUGCGCCAUGCACCCCAAGAUGAAGGGCAAGAAAGCGGCACCGGUCGAGCCAGAACACCAUGUUCGGACCAUGGAGGAGAAGGAACAAGUGUUCAGCGGACUGGCGCUUCCCGACAAGCCUGCCGAGAGUGGUAGUGGAGGUGACGCGAUUGACGACACACUGGCGCUACUGGAAGGUCUCGAGAGCAAGGCGAGGGGGUCGGGUGAUUCGAGGAAGCGCAGCAGGAGCCCGAGACCAGAAAGAGAUUCAAAGGACGAGUCCCGAAGGAAGAGGCGCGACCGCUCACAUUCUCGGGGCCGACGAAAGCGAGAUAGAUUCCGAUCGCGGUCACGAUCGCAAGACAAAGGCGACGAGGAUUGGAGGGACGGAUUCAAAGACGAGCGAAAGUCACGACGCGGCCGACGGCGAUACGACGACGAGGACGAGGCCAUGGGUGGUUAUGAUCGAGCUCCUCCCGCAGAGAUCGAUGAUGCGCCUAUUCUCCAAAAGGUCUAUCCUGGUCAUGUCACGGGACUGAAGGAUUUUGGCGCAUUUGUCAAUAUACACAACGUCAGGGGCAAGGUCGAUGGCCUCGUGCAUGUUUCUAGGCUGAUUUCCGGGCAGCGAGUCAACCACCCCUCCGACUUGGUAUCUAAGGGCCAGGACGUUUGGGUCAAGGUGAUCAGCAUUGAAGGAUCGAGGGUCGGUCUGUCGAUGAAGGACGUGGACCAGAGUACAGGAAUGAAUCUGGAGCCACAGGCAAGACUCACAACUGGCGCCAACAUGGAAGCUCUGGGUGGCGGCGCACGGAAUGGUUACCAAAAUGGCACUAUGGCGGCCAUGCCACGGGAUACUUUGGGCCCCCCGCAGAAGCAGAAGAAGAGAAUGACAUCCCCUGAACGAUGGGAGAUCCGCCAGCUUAUUGCAUCAGGCGUUGCGAAAGCUUCUGACUAUCCUGAUCUCGAGGAGGACUACCAUGCCACAUUGCGUGGUGAAGGAGAUAUGAUGGAGCUUGAAGAAGACGUGGACAUCGAAGUCCGUGAGGAGGAACCCCCUUUCCUUGCCGGUCAGACGAAGCAGUCGCUUGAACUGUCUCCUAUUCGGGUUAUCAAGGCACCUGAUGGCUCUAUGAACCGAGCCGCGAUGUCCGGUACUUCGUUAGCAAAGGAGAGAAAGGAGCUGAAACAACAGGAAUCCGAUGCUGCUGCAAGGGAGGCGCCAAAGGAGAACCUUGCGUCUCAGUGGGAAGAUCCUAUGAUGGAUGCUGACCAACGCAAGUUUGCCUCUGAUCUGAGAACUGCCAGGAUGAACAGCAAGUCAGGCGAGGUACCAGAAUGGAAGAGGGCUGUGGAAAGCAAAACCCCCCUUAUGCCUAUCAAGCGCACCAACAUGAGCAUCAAGGAGCAGCGGGAGAGUCUGCCUGUCUUUGCUUUCCGAAGCCAGGUUAUUCAAGCAGUAAAAGACAACCAGGUCCUUAUCGUGGUAGGAGAGACAGGUUCAGGAAAGACCACACAGCUAACGCAGUACCUCGCCGAGUCUGGUUUUGCGAACGACGGAAUCAUUGGGUGCACUCAGCCCCGUCGAGUGGCCGCUGUUUCAGUCGCAGAACGUGUCGCCGAGGAAGUUGGAUGCAAAGUGGGAGAAGAGGUCGGCUACAGUGUUCGUUUCAUGGAUCGCACAAGUCCUGCGACGAGGAUCAAGUACAUGACGGACGGAAUGCUCCAACGUGAGAUUCUCAUGGACCCUGACAUCAACCGAUACUCUGUCAUCAUGCUUGACGAGGCACACGAGCGUACCAUUGCUACUGAUGUCUUGUUUGCGUUGCUCAAGAAGGCCUUGAAGCGACGACCAGACCUUCGAGUCAUCGUCACAUCGGCGACGCUAAACGCAGAGAAAUUCUCCGACUACUUCUUCGAGUGUCCUAUCCUCACCAUUCCCGGACGAACGUUCCCUGUUGAGGUUCUGUACUCUCGAGAACCCGAAUCCGACUACCUUGAUUCAGCUCUCGUGACGGUCAUGCAAAUUCAUCUCACAGAACCAAAGGGUGACAUUUUGCUCUUCUUGACCGGACAAGAAGAGAUCGACACGGCUUGCGAGAUCCUUUACGAGCGAAUGAAGGCACUUGGGCCGAAUGUCCCAGAUCUGGUUAUCCUACCCGUCUACGCUGCGCUGCCGCCAGAAAUGCAAGCCCGGAUUUUCGAACCGGCCCCAGAAGGGUCUCGUAAGGUGGUCAUUGCAACCAACAUUGCGGAGACGUCCAUUACAAUUGAUGGAAUCUACUAUGUUGUUGACCCCGGCUUCGUCAAACAGAAUGCAUAUGACCCCAAGCUGGGAAUGGAUUCGCUUGUCAUCACGCCAAUUUCCCAGGCACAAGCUAAUCAGCGGUCUGGCCGAGCCGGAAGAACUGGCCCAGGGAAGUGCUUCCGACUCUACACAGAAGCAGCGUACGAGUCUGAGAUGUUACCAACUACGAUGCCUGAAAUUCAGCGACGAAAUUUGUCUGUCACGAUUCUCAUGCUCAAGGCCAUGGGCAUCAACGACCUGCUCCAUUUCGACUUUAUGGACCCCCCGCCCAUCAACACUAUGCUUACUGCGUUGGAAGAACUCUACGCCUUGAGUGCGCUUGAUGACGAGGGCUUGCUUACCCGCCUUGGUAGGAGAAUGGCGGAUUUCCCCAUGGACCCUACGCUUGCCAAGGCCCUGAUUGCUGCUGUGGACUACGAAUGCUCGGAUGAGAUGCUGACAAUCGUUGCCAUGCUGAACCUUACUACUGUCUUCUACCGACCGAAGGAGAAGCAGACACAGGCCGACCAGAAGAAGGCCAAGUUUCACGAUCCUCACGGUGACCAUCUCACCAUCAUGAACGUGUACAACUCGUGGAGGCAAAGUGGAUACUCCAAUCCUUGGUGCUUUGAGAACUUCAUCCAGGCUCGAUCCAUGCGCCUUGCCAAGGAUAUCCGCAACCAGCUCGAGGAGACGAUGAAGCGCCACAAACACCCCAUCGUAUCCUGUGGACGCAACACGCAGAAGCUCCGCCAGGCCCUCUGCUCUGGCUUCUUCCGCCACGCCGCCCGCAAGGAUCCCCAGGAGGGCUACAAGACCCUCAUCGAAGGCACGCCCGUCUACCUGCAUCCCAGCUCAGCGCUCUUUGGGAAGCAGGCGGAGUGGGUCAUCUAUCACGAGCUUGUGCUGACCAGCAAAGAGUACAUGCGAUACACGACGAGCAUCGAGCCCAAGUGGCUGGUUGAGGCAGCGCCGACCUUCUUCAAGGUGGCGCCCACCGACCGACUGAGCAAGAGAAAGGAGGCUGAGAGGAUCCAGCCGCUGUACAACAAGUUUGCCGGCGAGGACGACUGGAGACUGAGUGCGCAGAGAAGAGGCGGAAGGGGUGGCGGCGGCGGUACCUGGGGUUGA